CCGUUGCCAUGGCAGCAGGGGGGCGCGGCUGACGUGCGCUGUUUCCGGGAAGAUGGCGGCUGUCGAUGCAGCUACGGAGCCGCUUACGGUGGCGGCGACCGUAGCGCCAAAGGCAAAAAACGAAGAGGAGGAGGAGGAAGAGUCGCUGCCACUGUGCGAGGCGGUGCGCUGGGCCCCUGUGGGGGCGGUGGCGGAGACCAGACCUGGGGCGGCUGCAUUUUCGGAAGAGGCGGCGGCCGAGGAGGCGGGAGCGGCCCCGAUCUCCCCGCCGGACUCGCCGGAUCAGACGCUGCGGCGGCUGAGGGCGGAGAGGCGGCGGCUGGACUCGGCGCUGCUCGCGUUGUCCUCGCACUUUGCGCAGGUGCAGUUCCGCCUGCGCCAGGUGGUGCGCGGAGCGCCCGCGGAGCAGCAGCGCCUCCUGCGCGAGCUCGAGGACUUCGCCUUUCGCGGGUGCCCCCACGUCCUGGGUUAUGGGGGCGCUGAAGACCCCGUCAGCGAUGAGGGGGAUGGCCUGCUGGGGGGCCGGCCACGGGUGCGGGGCGAGAACCAGAGUGAGCAGGAGAAACGGGAACGUCGGGAAACCCAAAGGGAGAGACAGAAGGAACUAAUACUACAGCUCAAAACCCAGCUAGAUGAUCUGGAAACAUUUGCCUAUCAGGAGGGCAGUUACGAUUCCCUGCCGCAGUCCGUGGUCAUGGAAAGACAGCGGGUGAUUAUAGAUGAGUUAAUAAAGAAGCUGGACAUGAACCUGAAUGAGGACCUCAGCUCACUAUCCACUGAAGAACUUCGGCAGCGAGUAGAUGCAGCUGUGGCUCAGAUUGUCAACCCCGCCCGAGUGAAAGAACAGCUGGUCGAGCAGCUGAAAACUCAGAUCCGAGACCUGGAGAUGUUCAUCAACUUUAUCCAAGAUGAAGUAGCAAGCCCACUGCAGACAGAUGGUGGGCACUGCGAGUGCAAGGCUGCUGGGAAGACAAGCAGUGGGGCUGCCAGAACUAGAGGCAACAGGCUGCCUCCGGGAAAUAGCAAAACAAAGGCAGAAGAUGUGAAGAGAGUUCGAGAGACAGGGCUGCACCUGAUGCGGAGAGCGCUAGCAGUGCUCCAGAUCUUUGCAGUCAGCCAGUUUGGUUGUGCCACAGGCCAGAUCCCACAAACCCUAUGGCAGACAGGGCAGACUGACAGGGAUUACUCUCCCUUACUGAAGAAGCUGGAGGCAUCAGUAGACAGAGUGAAGCAACUAGCCCUGAAGCAUCAGUCACAGCACCACGUCAUCACCUCUGCCAACCUCCAGGACGUCUGUCUUGGUGGUAAGGACGAGCUGACCCUGGCUGUGCGAAAGGAGCUGACAGUGGCCGUGAGAGACUUACUGGCACACGGACUAUACGCCUCCUCACCAGGGAUGAGCCUGGUCAUGGCCCCCAUUGCCUGUUUGCUGCCAUCCUUCUCCUCAACCCCCGAGGCCAUGCACCCCUGGGAGCUCUUUGUCAAGUACUACCAUGCCAAGAAUGGCCAGGCUUAUGUGGAAUCCCCAGCCCGGAAGCUCUCCCAAUCCUUUGCUUUACCAGUUUCAGGAGGCAGUGUUGUGACCCCCAAGCAGAGCCUACUGACGGCCAUUCACGUGGCAUACGUAUUGGUCACCAGCAGCAAAUCCUCCCACAAGUCGGGGCUUGCCAUGUACCUGACCCAGAAGCUGGAUGAUGGAGGCGUGAUCCUAGAUCACUGUUGA